AUGUCUGUCACAAGUCGUUUUGUUGCUAUCGAUGCUUCGCUCAAAAACGUCUCACCUAUUCAUGGCUAUGAAAGUGAAAGUCUUGUGUCAAUCGAAGAAGCGCUUAAAGAUGUCGAGUCUUUAAUCAAUGACUUACCUUCUCGUAUAAAGGUGGCUAGAGAAAAAUGCCAUUUUCCAUCGGAACAUGGAUUAACGCAGGACGAAUCAGCUUCUAUCUAUAUUUAUACAAUGGAAUGGGGUAACUCUUCUUUGUAUCGUGUAUUAAAUAAAGCAUUAAGAUCUAAAAAGCGGCAAGCAUUAAAGACGUGGUUUCCAUAUUUAAAACUAUUUGAUGUAGCGCUGAAUAAGCUACCUGGUGCAAAAGAAGUUGUAUGGAGAGGUGUGCCUCUGGAUAUUGGGAAAGAUUUCAUCAAAAACCAAACGCUGACGUGGUGGAGCAUCAAUUCAUGCUCGUCUUCAGUUGAUGUUAUUAAAGGUUUUCUCGGUGUGGAUAAAAAGUCCACUCUUUUUCUUAUUGAAACCUGCAAUGGAAGAAAAAUAUCUGGAUAUACAGCACAUGCAGAUGAAGAUGAAAUGAUUUUACCUAUAGGCUCAAAAUUUCGUGUGAAGAGUAAUUCUUUAGAUCAGUCUUACGGUUCACACGUCGUACAUUUGAUUGAAAUUGAUGCUAAGAUUGAUCAAUCCGGAGCAUUGGUUAUGAAUCAAAUGAAAUCGAAUGCCAUACCUCCAUGUAAAAAUUCCUUGGAUGCUACGGAAAUUUUUAUGAGUCUCCGAAUGGACGAUGUGCUGGAAUGCGCAAUGAGUAUCCUUCACACAGAUUCUAAGUUGAAAGGUCUUAUCGAAAAAGAACUCCAAAAAUUGGCUGUUGGUGACACCGGUGAGCUAUUUGCGAUUUUUUAUGGCUCAAGUAUGAUUGCUAAUGCUAAAAUUGAUAAGCCUGAUGAAAAAGAAAUUUUAUACUUGCUACUAAAUUAUUUAUUGUCAAAAAUCGAAAAUGAAGGAGAAACAGAUGAAACAACAAAACUUUUCUCGUUUUCGGACGAGCAAAAGAAUAAAAUGAAGAGUAUAUUUCAACUACUAAAGCAAUGGCUUGUGGAUCUGAUAAUAGUAAAAUCGAUUAAAAAAUCCUCAGAACAAAUUCAAGAAAUAAAGAGUUAUGCCACAUCAUUACAAAAAAGACUUCAAAAUCUACAAGGCAUCUGUAUUUUACCAAGUGGUUUUGCAAAAGUUACUUGGAAUACGUCUAAUUUUUCGAAUUUUCUCAUGUUAGAAUCAGAAUAUACUGGUCCACAUUCCACGGCCUCGAUUAUUGAAUUUAAAAGUAAAAAAUAUAAACAUUUAACUCAGAUAGAUCCGAUAAGUCUUUAUGAUAGAUCAUUUCGCGAACUUACAGCAGAUAAAAUAAGUUUGGGAUUAGAAAUCAAGAAGAUCCCACCAGAGAACUUUGAUGAUAAUUUUUUUUUACUUCUGAUGACACUUAGAAUUAUAGCAGCUAGCGAGAGUUACGAAUCUUCAUACCUUUACGAGAUUGUUUUAUCGAAGCUUGGUGGUAAAGGACACAUCAACAAUGAAAAGGAAUUCUUCGUCAAUCUAGAAGAAAAAGGCUUCCUACACGAAGAUUUGCAAGGAUUAAAGCUUAUUCAAAGUCAUAUCACUAGUAGUCUCGGUUCUUCUUCAAGUAAUGCGAUACGAAAACAAAUCUCUUUGGACACAAUUAGUUUUGGAAAAGAUAUAAGUAACACAGAACUAAUUCAGUUUAGUGAAAUGUUGGAUGAAAUUACUAAAUAUUACGGAUUUAAUCGAGUAAUUCAAAUUUCUCAGUUAAUAGAACAUUUUGUAUUUUCGAUUGCACAACAUAAUGGAUUCAGAAAUUGGUAUAGUAAUGAGAAAUAUGAUCCCGAAUCAACUCUGAUUUUAAUUCGUGUCGCACUUCUGUAUUAUAACUGCUCAGCUAUCAUUACAUCUGAAUUAUUUCCGGAUGAAAAGUUUUCGUAUGAGCCAACUUACUAUACAAAAUUAGUUCUAGUCUUAUUCGGACUUCUAGCAAUGGUGGACGAUCUAGUCAGAAAUGAUAAAACAGUUGGUUCUAGCCUGACAAAUUAUACACUAAGCACUGAAUUAUGGAAUAUUUCUUUGAAAUCAGUCCUUCCACAAAUAGCUUUACCAGAGAGAAAAUGGUUUUGCCUAUUAAAUAAUAUUAAAGUGUACUUCAAUUUAUCAGCUACUAAUACUGAAAAAAGUAUUGUGCCAGGAAAAUUCCUUUUUCACUAUUCGUCACUCUCAAUGGAAAAUGACUCCGAUAAAAAUAAUAUAGAUGUGAUUUUUAUGCUAAAUGUUUUGAAAAAUAAUUUCACAGGCAAUUACAAGAAAUUUGAAGAAACUUUCAAAGAAGUUAAAGUAGAUGAAUUGAAAAAUAAAUGGCAAGAACUCUUAUUUUCUGAUAAGUAUAUACCGGAGUCGUUAAGACAUUUGAGAGAUAUUACAUAUUUGUCUCAAUUGUCCUUGUUUGGCUUUUCUGUACGAGCCAUAAAGAAAAUAAAAUCUCCAGAGAUCACAUCUAGGGACACAUAUCGUCGUUUCAAAUUUAGUUGUAGCGCAUCUCCUUCAAUUUCCGCUUUAGAAAUUGACAUGAAGGGUUCCGCAGAUAAAUGGAGAUUUGUUGAUUUUACAUUACCUAAAAAUCGAAACAAAUAUCAAAGACUGAUUGCAUCCGACUUUGACCAAAAAAACAAUAUUAGUAUGAGUGAAAAUGAAAUAAUUGGUACUCAGAGCGAAAAACCAGACAACUUGAGUAGACCCCAAUAUUAUCGUUUAAAUUCUAUACAACUAUACGAUGAUCUAAAAUUUACAUUGAUCUAUAUUGCAUUGAAAAACGAUGAGAUUAACUUCGAAACGGAAGAGCAUUGCUAUUUAGUUAAGCAAGUAUUGCAUAAAGUAGGGAUAUGUGAAGAGCGUUGUUUAUUAGAAAAACAAUUUCAGAACGAAAACUUUGCUACUGUAUUAGUUAAAAAAUUUAUUGAAAUAGUUUUAGAUUUACAGGAAAGAAUUGUACAGUAUAAAUCGAUAGGUCAUGCAUUAGAUAUACUAAUAUAUUUGUAUGCUUUUUGCUCUGAUAAUGCUAAGCAGUUGAUUGACAGAUGCCUAGAAGGUCUUCGUGUCGCAGUGCUGAAGUAUAUCAAUGAGAAAACCAUGACAUCAAAUAUCAAGAAUAGGCAAGAUGUAGAAUCUAUCUUGAGCUGUUAUUACAUUUUAACAUUCAAAAACUCAGUGAUGAUCGAUGAAAAACAAGUCUCGCAAAUUCUUAAACUGAGAAUAUUGAUAGAUAAUAAUUCCAAACUGUACGGCUUCAUACCGGCAAGCUUGUACACAAAAACAAUGAUAAGUCUUUUUGAGCUGAGUUCAAAAAUUGAAAGUGUUAUCGAUAAAAAUUUAAGCAUGCUAGAUGGUUACGUUUCGAGUUCGCAUGGCUCAUGGAAAAAAGAUGCAAGCAUGAAUUUUUAUGUUAAAGAUAGUUAUUCUUUUCUGCAUUUGAAGGGUCGUUUAUUUCAUAACGGCCAUCCUUUAGUAUGUUUCCCCGAUCAAAUUUUUAAUAAUUCACAGUAUAAAGAAUGUUUUGGAAUACAAAAUUUUCUAGUAGAAGGUGUCGAUAGAAAUGUUUUCGGACAAAUAUUGCGCUGUUAUGAAACAAAAAGGAAAGAAUCUGAAAAUUUUCGAAUUACUUGCCUUGGCGGCAAUAAUAUUUGGAUUGAAAAUAAGAACGAAACAUUUGUACCAAAAACUUAUUUAAGCAAAUUGCCAAGAUUCUUGCUACAAAACUCUACGCACUUCGAUAAUGACCAAACAGUUUAUUAUAGUCAUUGGUGGAACGAGAAUAAAAUAUAUAUUAGAAAUCACGAUAAAAAAAUUUUAAAAGACGAAAAUAAAAAUGCGGAAUUCACAAUAGACUUGAAGACUAAUGAAAUUUAUUCUAAUGAGCAUAAAAAAUAUCUUAUUCCUUUUGUUAAAGAUGGAUUUGAUCAGUCAAAUGUGUUAUAUUCGAUAUUUUCUCGAUUUGAAGACCAAAAUUAUAUAUUAGCCUUAAAAGAUCGUGAACAAGAUAGUGAACCAGUCAUGAUUUUUCUAUCUAGACUAAACUUAAAAUUCAAACUUUCAGGCACAAAAGUCAUAUCUGAAGAUUUUAAAGAUUAUUGUUUAAGUCCAGAUCAACACAUUGAUACAUUAUUUGGAUUAUCACAAUAUUUAGUAUUAGAGCCAGACAUUCAACAUAAGUUUCCAAUUAGAUUCAAUAGAAAAAUAAUUAUAGCGUAUCAUCCAAUUGAAAAAAAACCAUUCUACUCUAAUAUAAUUCAGUUUAAUUUGAAUAAAGUUGGAAAGCCAGCAUAUUUUUCAUAUGAAAUCGCAUACAAUGGGGUAUAUGAUUUCAAUCUGAAUUGUGCACAAAAAAAUGACCCAUCAUUUCAAAAAGAAAUGGGGGUCUAG